AUAAAGCGUCACGCCCUUUACUGAACUCUAUAACUUUCCUGUUAAUCAUUCUACUCCCCGGGGCCUAGCGCCCCUUAUCCCAACUAUGCUCUCCCACCUCCCCUGGUCUCACGACCACGACCAGCCCCCUUCCCAAGAAGACAAGCAAUCCCUCACCUCAAUCCUAACCCCAGAGCAACGCUCCGACCUCACCCUUCUCAUCGCCUCCAGUACGGCCUCCAUGCGCACGACCCUCGUCUCUGCGUACGACUCCACCCCCGACUCCAGUCCCGACCCCCCCAAAUCCGGCGACGCGUUCCUCAAUGCUCCAACCAACCUCGCCGACAUAGACGUUGAGAAAGAAGACAAACUGCGCCAGGAAGCAGUAGAUAGGAAGAAAGAGCUCGAGGAAGAGCUCGCGCAGCCCGAGACUGUCGAGCUGAAGCAGAAAGCGCUGGAGUACUUCGAGGCGUGGCGGGACACGGUACUGCAACGCGUCGGCGAGGUCGUGAACUCGAAGGCCGAGGCACGGGAGCAGGGGAAGCAUCCCACGCGCUCUGCGUCGCCGGAUACGGGGACCAGGCGGUUGAGUCCGACGCCGCAGAAGCAGGAUGAGGGGGUAGCAGAAGCGUUACGCGAUAUAUACCCACCCAUUAAGACGGAGUUGAGGGAGCUGGAGGAGCCGAAGAGGGCGCUGGUGUUGCAUAGCUUGGUGCUGUUGCUAUUGAGUUUGGAGCAGUAUUCCGCGCAUUCGAGGAUCUUGCUACUACAUUUGACGAGCAGUCUGGGCUUGUCGGUUGAGGUGCUGGCUGAAGAUGAAAGCAAUGUGGCGAGGGGUUUGCUAGAGGCAGUGAAGCAGCAGAUGAACGCAGACAAGGAGACGAAGAAGAAGGCAGAGGAAAACCAUAGUAGUAGGAAGUGGAAAGUUGGGCUGGCGAGUGUGGCGGGUGCUGCACUAAUUGGAGUUACGGGAGGUUUAGCUGCGCCGCUGCUCGCAGCGGGCGUGGGCAGUGUUAUGGGUGGGUUAGGACUGGGUGCUACGGCUGCUGCGGGCUAUUUGGGCACGCUGGCGAGUAGUACGGUGAUUGUGGGUGGAUUGUUUGGAGCGUAUGGAGCGAGAAUGACAGGGAAGAUGAUGGAUGAGUACGCGAAGGAGGUCGACGACUUCGGCUUCGUACCUAUCCGUAACUUCCAUCGUCCACGCAAGAUCGAGAAGGAAUUCCGCCGGCUACGCGUUGCCAUCGGGAUAUCUGGAUGGCUGACCGAUAAAGAGGAAGUCGUGGUACCGUGGCGAGUCAUCGGUCCCUCGAUCGAAGGCUUCGCAUUGCGCUGGGAGCUCGAGGCACUGCUGAAACUCGGUAACUCCCUUACCAUCAUGGUACAGUCCGCGGCAUGGAGCUAUGCGAAGCACGAGAUCAUCAAACGCACGGUAUUCGCAGCUCUGAGCGCCGGGUUAUGGCCGCUAGGUUUGCUGAAGGUCUCGAGGAUCAUCGACAACCCGUUCAGCGUCGCGAAAGCACGAAGUGACAAGGCCGGCGAGGUACUUGCGGAUGCAUUGAUAAAUAAGGUACAGGGCGAGCGACCGGUUACACUAGUGGGUUACUCGCUCGGUGCGAGAGUCAUUUACACUUGUUUGCAGACAUUGGCGGAGAGAAAGGCUUUUGGCCUAGUCGAGAGCGUGGUUCUGAUGGGUGCGCCUACACCGUCGACCUCGAAUGAGUGGAGAAAGAUUAGAAGUGUGGUUUCUGGAAGAGUGGUCAAUGUCUACUCGACCAACGACUACAUUCUCGCGUUCCUUUACCGCACCAGCAGUAUCCAAUAUGGUGUCGCUGGGCUGCAGAAGGUGGAGGAUAUCAAAGGCAUCCAAAAUGUGGAUGUGAGCGAGCUUGUGUCUGGUCACACGCGGUACAGAUGGCUAGCCGGUACUAUCCUGAAAAAGAUUGGUUUCGAGGACGUUGAUCUAGAAGAGGUCGCUCGUGAGGAGGCCGACUUGAAGAAGGUUGAGGAAGAGCAGAAGAAAGAAGCUGAAAAGAAAGAGCAGAAGGAGAAGGGUAAAGAUGCCGAUGAGGAGGCUAAAGAUAUGGAGAAAGAAGUUGAGAAGAAGAACGAGGAUAGUAUCAUGAGCUGGGCCACGGAGAAGCUGAAAAUUAGCAGUGGAGCGUUUUCGAAACUUGGGUCGAUGGCUGGUGUUACCGGUGGGAAGAAGACGGAGGCAGAAGAAAUGGCCGAGAAAGAUGGAGAGAAGGUUUGAGGAUUGUCCGAUACGGUUUAUCUUUUACGAAAUACCACGAUGUGUGAGCAAUACGAUUUUAGGUCUGGAGUUCGGGAGGCGGAUUUAGGGGUAGGGAAAGAGUUCUCGACGGAUAAAAUAUAGGUCGGAAUGAGAUCCUCAAUGUUUUAAUUUGGGUAUAUUGGUGCUCAGAUCUUUGGUCUCUUCCUCUUAUAAUCAUACACUAGUGUACCGGCCAAUUUUCCAACAUUUGAAAUUCCUCUUCCACUUG